UAAGGAGAAAACACUUUUCAACAUUUAAAUAUGCGUAAAUGAAGACAAGAGAUGCCACUUGUCAAAACGUGACCGUGAUUUGGUAUUUUUAUGUGGCGCAGUCACUGUUUGGCGCCUAUUGCACAUCUUUCACAUGGAACUACACACAACUUUCGCCCGCUGCUGACUCAGAAAUGACAACAAUAUUUUACGCGGAACCCGAACUGGUGCUGGGCCAUGGCCGCAAGGUGUUGUUUCUCAAUCCCAAUGACCUGCAAAUCUUUAAGGACAUCGAAUUGCCAGCGGACCUAACAACAUGUGGACUCAAAAUCGCCGCUGCCGACGCGACUGAGGAGCAGCAGCAGCCGGUCGGCUCGGAGAAGGCAGCAGCUGGUGCAAAUUUGGAGGUGUCCAUAGUAAAUGUGAGCUAUUCGCCAGAUCGACAACUGAUUGCGCUGACCACGGCUGGCCAAAAGGCGCUGCUGCUGUACAAAAGCCGGCCCGAGCAUGCCAAGCUGCUGUCCGUACGCGCCCUGGCGCGUGCCUCCAGUGCACUGGCAUUUGCACCGGACUCGAGUUCGGUGCUGGUCACGGACAAAACCGGCGAUUGUUAUCGUUACGAUUGCGUGGAGCUUGAGGCGCCGCCACAAUUGCUGCUGGGUCACCUGAGCAUCGUUUACGAUAUACUGUGGACGCCGGAUCAGAAGCACAUCAUCACCUGCGAUCGGGAUGAUAAAAUACGGGUCACCAACUAUCCGGCCACCUAUGACAUACACAGCUAUUGCCUGGGCCACAAGGAGUUCGUGUCCGGCCUGGCGCUCCUCACUGGCACCGAGCACCUCGUUUCCGCCUCCGGUGACAAGACGCUGCGUAUCUGGAAUUACACGACAGGCAAGCAGCUGCUGCAACAUGAACUACCCGCGCCGGCAGUGCGCCUGCGGUUGCGCGACUUGCUGCCAGCCAAGCGCUAUCAAGUUGCCGUGCUCUUCUACGAACACGUCGAAGCUAUUGGCCUGUACGAGCUGGCGCUGGAUGAGCAAAGCAAAGAUAUCUGGACUGUAGCACGGCAGCAGAUGGUGCGUGCCGAGGCGGGCAGCUGGAACAUAAGCUGCUUUGCGCUCACCAGCGACAGCAUCUACGUGGCCGGCGCCCUCGACGAGCGCCUAACGCUGCGCGUCUACAACAGCAGCGAUGGCGAGCAGGCCAAAACGACGGUGCCCACGGGCUGGCUGGACAUGGUCACUGAGCACUUUGCCGACCAGACGUGCGUGCCGGAGGAUCUGUCCGUGUGGUUUAAGAAGCGCUACGACAACGUCAGCGACUACAUGGAACGCAAGAAGCGCCGCAUCGAGGAUCAGCAGCACCAGCAAAAAAGCUGACAAUUCCACACUCGCAAUUCACACUUAGCCUAGGCAUUUUUUGUAAUCAAUUUUACGAAAUAUAUAUAUAUAUAUGUAUAUAUAUGUUAACCAGUUGCAAUUUUGAUCAGGCGGAUUAAUGUCCAUGCCAGGACUGCAAGUACUUAAAAUAUUAGCCUAGAUUUGGUUGCGUCUCGUGCUUUAAUUCUUUGUCAAAUCACGAACAGGCCCGACCUCACCAAUAAA